AUGCCGACCCUGCUCUCGGCGAGGUCACGCCCCACCCGCGUCGUCGGCGGCGGCGAAAGCGACGACCGCAGGGCGGGGCCCGGGAACCGCGCGUGCUACGGCAUCGCGGCCUGCGCGGUGGCGCUGCUCCUGUUCUGCGCUCUCGCCGCCUCCGUCAGCGUCUGGAUGGCGUUCGCGUUCGGCGGCCUCGCCCUGGUCGCCUUCGCCGUCGCCGGCUGCCUCGCGCCAGGGGGCUGGCGCGUCGGGCCGACCGCCGAGAGCGACGCCGCGGCCGCGGCCGCGGCCUUGGAUGCAGCGGGAGCCGCGCGGGCCCGGCGCCGGUUCGGGACGCCCAAGGCCGCGAUCGACGCGCUGACGACGUUCGCCUACAUGCCUAAAGGCGCCGAUCAGGGCGGCGACGGCGGCGACCUCGAAUCCGGGGCGGCCGAGCAGUGCCCGGUGUGCCUCGAGGACGUCCAGGCCGGCGAGAUGGUGCGGCGGCUGCCGGCGUGCAAGCACCUGUUCCACGUGGGGUGCAUCGACAUGUGGCUGCACUCGCACCGGACGUGCCCGGUGUGCCGGUGCAACCUCUUGCGAUCGCAGCGGCACGUUGCUGCAGUAAAAGCUGCACCGGCGGCGGCGGCGGCUGCUGAAGAGGAACUGCCGGCUGAAAUUGCCUUGCCACCAGUGUAA